AUGAAUAACCACAACGGACAACCGCACAAAAAAUGGUUCCAACGCCUCUUCAAUGCCUUCAAUAACGAAGAAACAGCUAUUGAAUUUUCUAUUGAUAAUAGUCCAAAGGAUGGAUUUAUAAAAAUCUUUAAUAGGAACGGAGAAGAUCUUAUCAAAAUUCUAGGAGUUGUCUCGAAUACUCAGAAGAUUGUCGUAUGGUAUUGGCCUAAAAGCAAUGAACCAGAAAUAAUAAAUCGAGCAAUUGAAUAUAUUGAUAAACAUUUUGCAUUUGAUAAUAAAAUUACUGACGUAGAUGAUAAUGAAACAGAAAAUUUUAAUGCAGUUACUGAAAAAGACGACGAAUGGGAAUUACAAAGAAAAUUAAUAGAAAAACUCGGUAAACGUAAUACAAUUUUCCCCGGGUUUGAUUAUCUUUUUAAAUACGAAUGGGUUCCUUCAGACUCAGUAGGAAAGAAUGAUUUGAUUCUUACCAAUGGUAAAGGUAUAUUUGCUAUCGUUGAGACAAAAAGAAUUCGAAGUAAAGAUGGGAAAAAAUUCCGAAUGAGUUUUGCUAUUCGCCAAGCUGGGUAUUAUAAGCAUAAAUUUAUCGAUGAUUGUAAAGGUGUUUAUGAAAAAGAUGGACAUACUUUUGAUAUUAUUGCGGUCAUUGGGGUGGGUAUUGCUGAGGAUGAUAAGAGGAUGUGCUUUAGACCUUUUGAUGAACAUGUUUGUGGCGCUCUUGAUAAGCUAAACAAUAAAAAUCAUUUAAUACCGCCUCCUAUGUAUACAUUAUCAAGCAACCCUUCACACUCGCGUAAUCCAUCAAGUUCGAGCUUAAAUGGUCAUUCACGCAAUCCAUCAAAUUCGAGCUUAUAUGGUCAUUCACGCAACCUAUCAAAUUCUAGCUUUUAUAGUCACUCACGCAACCCAUCAAAUUCUAGCUUUUAUAGUCACUCACGCAACCCAUCAAAUUCGAGUUUACAUAGUAAUAUAGAUUAG